AUGUCACAGUUGACUUCAAAUUUUGAUUUAUACAAGAUUCAGAUUAAAAAUGUGACUGAAGUCACUAUGUUUAUAUUGACAGGAUUCACAGGUGAUUUUGAGGUGCAAGUCUUUCUGUUUUUACUAUUUCUAGCUAUCUAUCUUUUUACUCUCAUAGGAAAUUUGGGAAUGGUCAUAUUGAUCACUAUGGAUUCUCGGCUACACAACCCUAUGUACUAUUUUCUGAAUGUGUUGUCCAUCUUAGAUGCUUGUUAUUCUUCAGUUGUCACACCCAAAAUGUUGGUCAAUUUCCUGAAAGAGAGCAAAGCUAUUUCUUAUGUUGGCUGUAUAGCACAAAUGUUUCUCUUUGUUACAUUUGGGACCACAGAAUGCUUCCUCCUGGCUGCAAUGGCAUAUGAUCGCUAUGUGGCGAUCUACAACCCUCUCCUGUAUUCAGUUAGCAUGUCACCCAGAGUCUAUGUGACACUCAUCAUUGCUUCCUACAUAGGUGGCAUUUUGCAUGCUUGUGUGCACACGAUAGCCACUUUUAGCCUAUCCUUCUGUGCCUCCAAUGAAAUCAGACAUGUUUUUUGUGACAUCCCUCCCCUCCUUGCUAUUUCCUGUUCUGAUACUCACAUAAACCAGCUUCUACUCUUCUACUUUGUGGGCUCCAUUGAGAUCGUCACUAUCCUGAUUGUCCUGAUCUCCUAUGGCUUCAUUCUUUUGGCCAUUCUGAGGAUGCGUUCUGCUGAGGGGAGGAGAAAAGUCUUCUCUACAUGUGGCUCUCACUUAACAGGAGUGUCAGUUUAUCAUGGAACCAUCCUCUUCAUGUAUGUGAGACCGAGUUCCAGCUAUGCCUUGGACCAUGACAUGAUAGUGUCAACAUUUUACACCAUUGUGAUUCCCAUGCUGAAUCCCAUCAUCUACAGUCUGAGGAACAAAGAUGUAAAAGAGGCAAUGAAAAGAGUAUUUGGUAAAUUGGUGUUUAUCAAUGAAGUAUCUUUUUACAGUUAA